UCGUCCAGAUGGCGGCGCUGUGGCUCCAGUCCUUCUCCCUGCUGGUUCUGCUGGUGGUAUCGUGGCCGAGCUCUCAGGCCGUCGCCGCCCCGCAGCACCUGUGUGGAUCUCACCUGGUCGACGCCCUUUACCUGGUCUGUGGAGACCGAGGCUUCUUCUACAACCCCAAGAGAGACGUGGACCCUCUGCUGGGUUUCCUCCCUCCUAAGGCGGGUGCAGCGGUGGCGGGCGGCGACAACGAGGCGGCCGAGUUUGCCUUCAAGGACCAGAUGAUGGAGAUGAUGGUGAAGCGAGGCAUCGUGGAGCAGUGCUGCCACAAACCCUGCAACAUCUUCGACCUGCAGAACUACUGCAACUGAGCCGCCGGGCUCCCUUUAGCCUAGCUUAGCUUAGCCUAGCUUAGCACAGCUGGGCUAACUGAGCCUGAGCCCCGCCCUCUCCGCUGUCAAAUGAAGAG